AUGGCUUUCGACGACAAAAAGGAUCCUUUCAAGACGGCUCCCAAUGCAGCUCAGGAUGUCGAACCAGGUCUGGAAGACCAGAGUUCGGCCGGCGUGAUGGAGGAAAUCAGACGCAGUAUGGGCUCCCGGCAUAUCAACAUGAUUGCCAUUGCUGGAAUGAUCGGCACUGGUCUCUUCCUCAGCUCGGGGCAGGUCAUUGCCAUCGCUGGCCCUGCGGGGGCCUUCAUCGCUUACAUCCUCAUGGGCCUGGUGACGGCCGGGGUUUCUUUUACCACGGGCGAAAUUACUUCUUUCAUGCCGUCCACCGGAGGAUUCGUUCGCCAUGCCACGAAAUACGUCGAGCCCGCAUUGGGCGCAGCCGCUGGUUGGAAUUUCUGGUACGCGAUGACUAUCUCUGUUCCAGCAGAACUCAGUGCUGCUGCCACGGUUAUCCAAUUCUGGAAUAAGUCCAUUAAUCCGGCAGUGUGGAUUUCCGUCUUUCUCGUUUUCAUCGUUGUUCUCAACUUCUGCGAGGUGAGAUUGUACGGCGAGUCCGAAGUCAUCUUUGCCUCGUUGAAGAUCAUGUUGAUCAUCGGCCUGAUUAUUGGUGGCCUUGUCAUCGACCUGGGAGGUGCACCAAGUCAUGACCGGAUUGGAUUUCGCUACUGGAAGCACCCCGGCGCCUUCAACGAGUAUAUCAAGACCGGUUCCACAGGGCGAUUCCUUGCCAUCUGGAAAGUGCUCCUCUCGGCGGCCUUCAGUUACGGGAAUAUCCAAGUUGUGGCCAUUUCUGGGUCCGAAACGCAUGAUCCCAGGAGGAUUAUUCCUGCGGCAACGAAGAAGACGUUCCUCCGGGUCUUCUUUUUCUACGUCCUGAGUAUCUUUAUUGUCGGGAUGAUUGUGCCCUACGAUGACAAAAGUCUGUCCAUUUCAACAGGCACUGCGCAGCAAUCCCCGUUUGUCAUUGCUUUCCAGCGUUCCGGAGUGUCUGUAGUUCCUUCUAUCAUCAACGCCGUCGUCUGUACUUCGGCUAUCAGUGCCAGUUCCGCUUGCAUCUUCAUCGCUUCUCGGACACUGUACGGGCUUAGCUGCGAUGGCCACGCGCCCAAACUCUUCCAGAAAUGCAACAGGUUCGGUACACCGCACUAUUCUGUGGGAUUGACCUGCCUCUUGCUGCCACUUGUCUACCUCAAUGUGGGCAAGAACACAUCCGUGGUCUUUGGGUGGUUUGUGAAUAUCACAACGGUGGCCGGCUUGAUCGGGUGGAUAAUCAUCGAGGUUACAUAUCUGAGGUUCUACUUUGGACUGAAGGCCCAGAGAAUUUCGCGCCACGAACUGCCGUAUCGCAGUCCACUGCAACCGUAUACAGCCUGUACAACGCUAUUAGUCGUCUUCCUCGUCGUCUUCUUUUCCGGAUUCGAUAUAUUUGUCAAGGGCAAUUUCACAGCGUCGGGAUUCUUGACAUGUUAUCUGAAUGUCUUCAUCUUCAUAGCCCUAUACAUAUUCUUCAAGAUCUUCCUUAGGUCCAAAGUUAUCCCUCUGUCCGCGAUAGACUUUGCGAGUGAAUUUGCGUCGAUCCAGGAAGAGAAAGAACAGGCUGGUAUCGUGUCGCUUGAAACAAUUCCUAUGCAGGAGGGAAACAAGCUACGUAGAUGGAUCGGUCGCUUAAGCCAUUCGUGCUAA